AUGAAUUUGUAUCCAGAGGAGCUGCGUGAGCCUCCCGUGCCGGUGGUGGCCUUCAUCGGUGGCACCAAGCUGCACCAGAGCAUCUUCAGGAACCUCUCCGUGGUUACGCUGCCAGAUGGAACCAAGCGCCCCCAAUUCUUCCCGUUGAGCAUGGCUCGCUCCGAUUCUCUGCCCCAAUCCUCGGCUGCCGCCAUGGCCUCAUUAGCGCCAUCUUCGUCACGCAAGCGAGUGCUCUCGUCGCUCAAGAAGCGCGGUGCAGGUGCAGCGGCAUCGAUGAAUGGACCAUCAUCCCUUGCUGGCACCUCGCCAACGCUCGAGAGCGAGAUGAACAUGCCACCACAGGGCGUGCUCAAGGCCAAUUGGAUGUACAAGCACACGCGAGUCGUGCCGGCCGUGGCCGUUCUCCUCUUCCCCGAGUGGGCCAAGGACCACAAGUGGAAGGCCAAGGAAGCCGAGUUUCACACCAUGCUCGACUCCAUCAAAGGUGAGCUUCGCGCCCGCAACAUCCGCACGCUGGUCGUGCUCGUGCAGAAGAGUCCUCCUCCCGACAGUUCGCACGAGGAGCGGCUCUCCAAUUUUCGCAAGAGGGCGGAAGUGGACUCCAAGCGCAUCAUCUACUUCUAUGAGAGCGACAUCUCUGGAUCCGUGGGCAGGUUGGAGAAGCAGAUGAUGGAGCAAGCGCUGGCCUUCUACAAGGACGUGGCUCAGCGAUUGAAGAAGGAAAAGGAAAGGCUCAACAAAAACGUCAUUGGGCACAAGGACUACUACGUGCGAUACUGCUUCAAGGUCGCCUUCUACACAGAGUUCUCCAAGGACACGCGCAUCUCCAUCAAGUACGGCAUCAUGAUGCGCCACUCGAGAGUGUCCGUCGCUCAUGAUCUCAGGCACUAUCUGGAUGGCUAUAUCAACUUGGCCAACUUCGCCGUGGAGCGACAACGCGUCAUGGAGAUCAAGACCGUGGCAGAGUACAUACAUUUCAAGUUGUGCAAGCUGUAUUUUAGCACCAACAGCAUCAACGAUGCGGUGGCGCAACUUGAGAGACACAUCAAAACCUUCCGCCGCGUGUUGGGCAUGGCCGAAAAGGAGUUCGAGCAUUGGGCGUGGUUGUCCCGGCAGUACGAAGUCUUUGCGCAGUUGCUCGAGCAGCAUCCGCAGACGAUAGAUGCAGAAAACAAGAAGUGCUUCCCUGGCUACUACUACCACGUGGCCGCCAUCUAUGCCAAUAAGCGAAAAGCCAUCGCGAAGCGGCUAUGCGAGCCUGUACGUGGCUCGCCGAUCCUUGAUCGGUACAAGGACAUCGACCAAAAGCCGCUGGCUUCCAUCGACAGGAGCAAGCAGGUGUUUGUCGGGCAGCCACCAGCUCCGUUCCAGGACCACCCGCUGGAGGCAGCGGGCGAACCGAUGGUGCCGGAUGAGAUGGAGGAUUUGUACAUAGCCGUCGCAGCCGAACUCAAGGUCAACCACACCGAUUUUGUCAUUUCUCUACUCCAAAAGGCGCGAAGCUAUUACACGAAAACCAAAGCGAGUCGAAUGCUUCUGCAAAUCGACGCGCUGCUUGCCCAGCAGUUCGUCGAUGCCGCCAGAUACGCCGACGCCGAACCGCUCUUCCAAGCUCUGGUCCAGCACUACCAGGAGGAGGGAUGGUGGCCCCUUCUGAAUGACGUACUCGAGAGCGCAUUGGUCUGCGAGCAAGACCUCGCCAACGCCCCGGGCUACUUCACCUACGCUCUGCAGCUGCUGCCGGCAGAGAUGACCGGGUCGCUCAAACGCAAGCAACAGAUCCAGGCCAACAUUGUUGCGGCCUUGGCGAGCGAGGUGCUCGUGAACGAGGAGAUGCACCUGGACGUGUACGUCCGCUCCAGCUUCCCUUCGCCCAUUCGCUUCGACGCUCUUCAGCUGCAAUUCAGCGACACCAGCUACAACGUAUCCAAGGAGUCGAGCGACGAGGACGAGCUGCUGUUCCAGCCGGGCGUAGAGCGGCACUUCACCUUUACGCUAAACGCUCGGGAGUCGCCACAGCAGCUUCAGAUCACCGAAGUGCUGCUCGAGCUCGGGCAUGCUCCGAAUUCUGUUGUCUUCUGUUGGGACGCGCAACAGCCCAGCCAGCUUAAACCGCACGCGCAGGCCGAGGGCUCUGUUGAGGUACUGGGGAGUAGCUCAUCGAAGCCCGAUGGCGCCAGCGCCAGCGCCAGCCAAGUCAUCUCAAUCAAAGAGUUGCCGGCCAAGAUCGCCUUGAAUGUGGUGCACGAACCACCAGCGCUGGUUAACGAGUACUACAAGCUCGAACUCAACCUGCAGAACACUGAGGACGAACCAGCAUCGGGCUCAAUGCGUUUGCACAUCGGCAACUCGGCCAAUAAGGAAGAGCCACAGUUCUUCGCAGCCAGAAACGACCGAACGCCGGUGGGCGAGAUAGUCUUCAGGGACCUGGCACCGGGUGCCUCUACGCGGCACAUCGUCUACGUGUACUUCCCCACAGCCGGACAGAAGAACACUGUCAUCACGGUUUCAUAUGAAACGGCAACAAGGGGCAGCACUGUGUUCGCGACUCAGCUGUCGAUCGUCAUCCAGCGACCGUUCAACGUGCACUUCGAAUUCUACACGCGGGACAUGAAGCAGAUCCUCCCCUCUUCAACUUCCCAGGCCGCUCCAUUCCACCAGCAGCAACCAUCGCACCCGCAGGCGUCGCCGACGAUCCAGCUCCCCGGACAGCCGCCGGCUUUCUCCGCUUCGGCAGCGGCGGCGUCGAGCGGCAUCGGCGCCCCGCCCUCGCAGUCGGCCGACCUGUCGUCGCUCCUCGCCUCCCAAAACCUGUCGGCGUCAACGUUCCUGUCGGCACCGCUCUCGCACCCCGCCGGCGCGAGCGCGAUUUCGCCAUCAAUGCUGCUGCAGCCGCCCGCCAUCUCUCUCGCCUCCUCGGCCGAGCUCACCUCCACCAUCCUAGUCGAGGAAAUGGCCACCGACGAGGACGGAGUGGUUGUGCCUCCUCCCGCGGUUCCGCUGACGGUCGACGAGCCCUUCUGGUUGAUGGUGGAGAUGACCUCGACUCCUCCCUAUCCUCUCUCGAUCGAGCACACCAACCUCGCGAUGGUAAACACCACCAAAGAGAACGGACCAGUGGCGACCUGCACGUCGACCCCCUUCAAGCCGACGGUCAUGGAAUCGGGGCAACGGUACAGCCUGUGGUACUCGAUCACAGCGUCGGUCGUGGGCGACAGCGUCAACCUGGCCACCUUCUCCCUCCGAUGGAAAAGAAAGCUGCGUGCAGGUGAGCCCGAGCCGGACGAGGAGGAGGUAGCAUCCUCGGUG